GGGGACGCGGGUCUUGGAAACCAAAAAAUUGCGAAAAUGGCGUUUUUUGGAAAAUAACAUUUUCGGGUUCUUUAUUCCAUAAACUAUCUUCUCUGUAAGUUUCAGCACCUAAUUCGCGCUAGAAAUGUGUUAAAAAAAUUACUAACGAGGCCGCGGGAGCUCAAAAUCGACAAUCAAACACACCAAACAAGCCCAACUUUGCGCGGUCGCCGCUCCCGCCUCGUUCGGCUGGCGGCCGCCAUCUUGGUCCCGUUUUGAAGCUGAUUUCUUUCUCUUUCUUUUGCCUUCUUUCAAAAUGGCGUCAGCCUCGUGGUUCCCGCGUCGCUGGUGUUUUUCCUUCUCGCGAUCGGAGAGCCGUGAUUGGCUAAAGCGGGCGCUCAACAGAAUACGAGGUCGUCAUUGGCCAACGCGGCCUUCCUCCUCUCCCGGAGCGCCGUUCUACCGACCGGUUUCUCCCGCGUCGCCUGUUCGCAUCGUCUGCUAACUCAGUGGUCUGCUUGCUUUCUCCAGCUCCGCUUCGCUCUUUCGCCACCUUUACGAUCGUUUAUCGCCCCUUUACUAGUUUCGAUUUGUCUUUCCUGCGUAUUUUGUGAUCGCGCACGAUGCGGAGGAAGAUGAAAUUCAAGACUAUGCACGCCUUUGGCAGCCGGAAGCGAUCUAUGAAGUUUGUCCGCAUGGCGAAGUCGGACUCAGCUCGGCCGACCGGCGACGACGAUCGGGUUGAUAUGUCCCACAACGAGUUUACCGCGGCGCCAGCCGUCGCCGAGGAAGCAUUUGUCGCUGCGAGUACGCAAGGGCCCGCGAGCUCGCUCUGCGCCGCGGGGUCUUCCGAGAUCGCCAGCACCAGUUUUGCGUCCGCGACAAUGAAAGAGAAACCAUCGUCCCGUGUUCAUCUGCGGACGCAUUUCUUGACCCAAGAAGAGAUCGAAGCGGCAGCUGUGCGUCGUGAUGCCGUCCAAACCGAACUUUCUUCUACGUCGGCGACCGAGAGGAAGCUCCAGGCCAUGCAGCGUGGUCCCACACCCGGAACGGUGUCGUCUGCCACAAGCACAGGUGCAAAGUUUUUACUUAUCCAGACUGAUGUUCUGAAUGAACUGCUGUGUUGUACAGUUUGCAAGAACUGUUUGGAGAGUGGAUUGGCCAUUCGAGAAGGCACCCAGCUUGGGCUGGCACUGAAGUUGGAGGUCGUGUGUCCCCGUUGCGGCAUCAUAGCAGACUCAUGGAGUUCACCACGCCAGCAAGAUUCCAGGGCCUUUGAGGUCAACAUUCGAGCCAUGAUGGCAGUGAAGCAAAUUGGAAAGGGGCAGACUGCUCUGAACGAUUUAUGGGCGGCAAUGAAUGUGUCUCACAGGGGUCUCCACCAUAAGACCUUCCAAGAGCACCUCAAGAAUACUUUCAAGGAGCCAGAGGCAAAAUGCUUGGAAGAAUUUUAUUCUGAAUCGGCCUCAGCAGUAAAAACCAUCUACAAGGAGAUGGAUUCAGGUUUCCACAGAGACGUCACCAUAAUGUAUGAUGGGACAUGGCACAAGCGUGGUUACACGUCCCACAUUGGUGUUGGUGCAGUUAUCGAGUACCACACUGGCCUCAUCUUGGAUGCUGUGGUUCUGUCGAACUUGUGCCUUGGAUGCCAGAUAGGACCCAAGCCUGGAGACCAGAACUACCACACCUGGCACCAACACCACAUUUGCCAGAAAAACACUGACGCCAAAUCGGGACAGAUGGAGGUAGAAGCCGCUCUGAUUCUUUUCAAGCGGUCAAUCUCGAAGCACGACCUGCGCUACACAACGCUUGUUUCGGAUGGGGACAGCAGGACCUUCUCAGCCCUCUCGCAAGAGAAUGUAUACGGAAUUGUCCCUAUCAUAAAGGAGGAAUGCCUGAACCAUGUUCAGAAGAGGAUGGGAACCGCACUCCGAAAUAUCGUCCAAAAGAGUGACAAGCCUCUGGGUGGAAAGGGCAAGUUGACUAAGGUGCUCAUCGACAAACUGACAGGCUACUAUGGUUGGGCCCUAAGGAACAACUGCAAUGACUUAACAAAAAUGCAGCGAGCAGUGAUGGCGACAUACUACCAUGUCACAUCAACAGACAAGAAUCCCCACCAUGAACUUUGCCCGGACGGAAGCGAGUCGUGGUGCCAGCACAGAGUUGCUGAAGCGAAGAGUGAACCUCAGCCCCAGCACAAGUACAACCUCCCAGCAUUUGUUGCUGAAGCAAUGCUGCCGGUCUAUCAACGCCUCUCUGAGAGAUCACUGCUUGAGCGCUGCAUGGGGGCAAGGACCCAGAACGCGUCCGAAUCUUUUCACUCGGUGCUGUGGUCGCUGAUGCCUAAGGAGCAGCACGCUUCACUAAUUGCUGUUGAAACAGCACUGCAUGAGGCAGUGCUGAGAUUUAAUGCCGGGCUGUACAGGGCGACUGAGACAAUUUCUGAGGCACUGGGGCUCAAGCCAGCUCAUUUAGCUCUCCGGCGGGCGGCUGAAAAGGACGCCAUGCGGGUACGCAAGGCCAACAAGAGGCAACAAGCAAAGACUGAACAGCGGAAGAACAAGAGACUGCAAAAGGACACCUCAGACUAUUCUGCAGGGGCGUUUUAACGCUGAAAACUGAAGUGGAACUUUAAGUGCCGUUUUCUCAAAAUUGAAUUUUUUGCUUACCUUGGUGUUUGUUCAGGUGAUAACUUAAGAACUGUGUGAUGGAUUUCUGUGCUGUUUUUUUAAUCUAGAUGCUGAAUAAAUUUCUGAGGGCAAGACAAGCCCCUUUUCUAAAAAAAAUGUCCGAGCUAUUUAUGACAAAUCAAUUAUUUUGCAUGAAUGUGAGGACCGCUGAUCACAUAAAAUACAAUGUUGCGGCAAAUAUUUCCUAAAAUGAAAUUUAAAAAAAGGGCCUUGUCUUGCCCUUAAGUACCUAUCCAGGAAUCCUCAGAACAAAUUACACACUGUUACUGUGUUUCAUUAUUACUUUAUGCUCGGAACAAAGGAGGCAUUAAAAUAAAUUGGAAAAACUCUUCUAACUUUAGAACUAAUAAGUGCAGCACCAUGAAAUGUUGCUGUUAUUCGAUUGUUCAUGCUAUAAACAUACCCUGAAAAUUUCAUUCACUUGGCUUUGAAAAUAAAAAAGUUGGGUUUUCAUCCCCACAUCCCCCCUU